GUUGAUAGCUGAGCCAAAGUCUCUUACUUCACCAUGGAGACUCAGACCUUCAUAUUCUCCAUUCCUCUUGGCAACACACAGGAAGCCGGAGUCUGUCCGGGUGAUGUGCCCACCACAUCUCUGUCGGCGAGCGAUGAGCGUACAAAGCAGUUGCUGUCCAAAGACGAUGCACCAAGUCAGCGUAAUCAUGAGGAAAUCGUGAAGAUCACGCGUCAUCGCACCGAAUCUUCAGAUCAAAAUGAUGACACAGAGAACCCGGUGAUGCAAUGCUGUCUUUGUGGCGAGCUCACUCUGGAACGGUGCUUACUGUGCAAAUGGGCUGCCUACUGCAGUGCCCAGUGCUACAACCUGCAUCGGCCAAUUCACCAGUACUUCUGUGUCCCUCACUAUGGGAAGAUUUACCCGCGUCUGACAGGGUUGAAUGUGAUCUCAGUCACCACAGCCGUUGAGCGAUUGGAAACUGUUAACCACUCCGCGCCUCCAUCUCCUAUCGGUAGACCGGAGACCGCGGACCGUUGUUCAAUUGAUGCCAGCCGUAGUCCCACGCUUGGGCUGUCCGGUCGACUCACCGAACUGGGACUGAUACAUCGCCGGGCCCGAAUCAUUCGAACAAAUUUGCGUGAUGCGGGUGGCAAGCCAGCGUGCGCAAUUUGCGGUGAUACUUGUGAACAGGAAGACAAGGUUGCAUGUGAAACACCAACAAAGAUGGAAGGGGACUUUGACAAUCUGAGCCACUUCGAGAAAUGCUCCUCAGGGGAUACAACCAUGAAAGACAAGGACACGAUGCCUCAACGUCUGGUUCGUUUCGCCGGCAUGUUAAUCUGUACUUGUUGUGUGGAAAUACAAGCCACCGACCUCUGUUUCGAAGGCAUAUGAAGCCAUCACUGCACCCAUGUGGCCUGAUCAAUGUCUUUCAUUAUUUAAUUUCCAGUUACGUUGCUGCAAGCACGAUUUUGUUUCUUCCAAUAUCUGCGCUCUUUUGGCAGUAAUAUUAUUUAUUCUUUUCGGAAUAUUUUCCUUUUGAAUAUCACCGAACUCCAACUGUCCAAACAUCUAUGCAGAUUCUUGUUUUGAAUUUCAUUAUGCAUGUUGGUCUAGGCAAACCAUACGGACGCAUGCAGACUUCUAGGAGUCAGUUGGUUUCUUACUUUACGCCAUGCCUCACUGUGUACCAAAGUUUCGUCGGUCCAAAAUUCGUCCAAUUUCUUAAAUCCUUAAGCCCCAACAACGGCAUCAUUAAAAGGAGAGCAGUUUUGUAAACGGUUACUCUCAAUCGGCUGUUGUUUAGGAUAACUCUGUGUUUCGCUCAUCAGGAAUUUUGCUCUAAUCUUUAUGUUUGCUGAUCACUUCAAGUAUGGCCCCCUGCUCUAUCCCUGGGUUUUUUCUAUCGAACAUGAACGACGUCUAUUAAAAC